AUGGAAGUUUAUGUAGCUUUUACUUUAUUUUUAGUUUUCUUAGUGGAACAAUCUAAUUCACAAUAUUCGUCUUCCAAAUGGAGUCGAGACAUUGCCGACCGAUGUUUUUGUAAGUUGAAAGGAGAAGUGAACGACUGCUCAUGUAAAGUUGAGACUCUGGACUUAUUCAAUAAUAACAAAGUGUUUCCUCGACUGAAGAGUUUACUGGCCAGAAACUACUUCAGAUUUUUUAGGGUGAAUUUAAAUAAAGGCUGUCCAUUCUGGCCACAAGAUAACAGAUGUUCCGUCAGAGACUGUCAUGUUGAAUUAUGCUCAGAGGAAGAGGUCCCUAUUAAAAGAAAGCUAGAGGUAGAGUCUGGCCAUGAAGAACAGAAACAGAAGUAUUUCAAGGUUGCUAAUGAAAUUUUUGAGGAGAGCUGUGCUUUAGAGACUGAACUGAGUGCCUUGGACAAAUCUAUCAGUGCAGAAAGGGAAAACGAUUUUCAAACCUGGAGGCGUCAUGAUGGAGAGCUCCCCUUGUUCUGCGAAAUUGAUGAUGAACAAUCCAGUGAUGCAGAGUAUGUUGAUCUUUCUCGUAACCCUGAACGUUACACCGGUUACAGAGGGUCAUCGCCACAUAGAAUCUGGAAGUCCAUCUAUGAAGAAAACUGUUUUAAACCUGAGGUCAGCUUGCAGAACUUAUCGAAACAUUAUGGUAAAGACACUGAUUCAGGAGACGCCUUGUGUUUAGAGAAGCGAGUCUUUUUCCACUUGAUUUCAGGCCUUCACACUAGCAUCAAUGUUCACUUAAGUGACAACUAUCAUUUCUCAGCUAAAGCUGGAAUUGGUGCCAGUUCAUGGGACCACAACUUAAACGAAUUCCUAACAAGAUUUGAUCCAGAGCUGACCAAUGGGCAAGGACCUGAAAGAUUGAAAAACCUGUAUUUUGCUUACCUAAUUGAGCUAAGGGCCUUGGAUAAAGCAGUUCCCUAUCUCAGCCAGGAAGAUUUCUAUACUGGGGAUCAGUCUGAAGAUGGUGAUCUUAAAGAUGGUAUUCUCGACCUUCUCAGUGUUAUUAGGUCAUUUCCUGAUCAUUACAAUGAGAAAGAACUCUUCAAGGGCAACACUAUGGAGAAGAAACAGCUAAAGGCUGAGUUUGUGCAGCAUUUCCACAACAUUUCUCGCAUCAUGGACUGUGUUGAGUGUGACAAGUGCCGACUUUGGGGCAAGCUGCAGAUACUUGGCAUGGGCACAGCCCUGAAAAUUCUCUUCUCUGAAGAUAUCAGUACAUCAGAAUUUCAGUUGACAAGGACAGAGAUAGUGGCAUUGUUCAAUGCUUUUGGCAGGUUAUCUAGCAGUAUUUACGCCAUUGAGACAUUUCGCAAGUUGUCUGGACAGCCCAUCAAAAUUGCUUGA